CGACUUGCAGAAUGCAUGAGACACCAGAGACGAGGGACCGGUGGACUCUGAGCGCAGCAGCUGCCUGAAGCAGAGGAUUUCCAGGGCGCGCUUUCCAUCGCUGGGUCUCCUGCAGCCAAAGUCAGCUGACCGAGGAAGCCAGAGGUGCCGGCAGGAAGCGCCGAGGAUCAGACUCCGUCUGCCUGGAGCCGCCUGAGCAGCAUGCAGGACGUGCCGGAGGAGUGGAGGGAGGAGAGAGGAGGAGACAGGAGGACGCGGGGCCCGGAGGGGAGGCAGGAGAAGGGCGACGAGUCGCUGAUGAUGGAGCUGACGAGGCUGGUGCAGGAGGCGGUGAGGGGGAGCAGCUGGUGGGAGAGGAGGGGCAUCGACUGCAGCAUCCUGGCAGCAGCUUUCCUCUGUUUGCCACCUGGUGAGACACAAGUCAGCCUUCCUGCUGCUGGGCUCCUCGCGGGUUGCGUGCUUUGCGGCGGGCAUGCUGCUGAUGGGCGUGGCCCACGCCGUCAUCACCUUCAAAGGGACGCAUCUGGCCAGCCACGGCGCGCUGAGCGAGUCGCAGGCCUGGGGCAACUUCUGGGCCGUCUUCUUCAUCGAGGUCUGCGGCUCCUUCUCGGCGCGGGCCGGCGUCCAAGGCCACAUCAAGAUGCACCACGCUCACACCAACGUGGUGGGCCUGGGCGACUCCAGCGUGUGGAAGGUGCCCUGCCUGCCGCGCUCCGUCUACCUGUUCGUGGCCCCCCUGUUCGUCCCCGUCAUCACGCCGCUCGUCGCGCUCGCUCACCUCAGAGGACACCCUGCGGCCCUGGUGGUCCGCACCGUGCUGAUGGUGGCGCUGGGCCUGUACUCGCAGUACUGGCUGCUGAUCCACUUGUCCGGCUUCCUGUCGCCGCUCAGCGCCCUGCUCUGCAUGCUGGCGUGCAGAGCCAUGUUCUCCGUGCCCUACAUCCACGUCAACAUCUUCCAGCACAUCGGCCUCCACAUGUUCGCUCCGACCCGCCGGCCCAAGAGGAUCUACCAGAUGACCCACGGCGUCCUGAACCUGCCGCGCAACGCGCUGCUGGACUGGAUGUUCGGACACUCGCUCAUCAACUGCCACGUGGAGCACCACCUCUUCCCCUUCCUGUCCGACAACAUGUGCCUGAAAGUGAAGCCCCUGGUGUCCAAAUACCUGAUGGAGAAGCAGCUUCCAUACCAGGAGGACGGCUACCUGUCCCGCCUCACCAUGUUCUUCCACAAGUACCAGGAGCUGAUGGUGUUUGCUCCGCCCAUCACGGAGCUGGUGGGGGUGCAGUGACCACGGGGAUCGGGGGGUGGAUCGCUGGUCUGGGGUCUGUCUCACAGAGACACCUCAGCAGGUCACGAUAUAAACAUUAUACUGUAAGCACGUGUUCCUCUGCGGUGUGUUUAAUAAAGCUUUUCUACAAUGUUAAAAUUUAAAUAAAAUAGUUGUUUACUGGAGAAAUAUGUUGUG